CCCGUCUGGGGGAGGGGAGUAUAAACAAAUAACUAACCUAAAACCUGUAUGUCAUCAUGAAUGAUAACGAAGGUGUAAUAAAAAUCCGUUUUAUUUCCAAGGAAAAAGGUUUCGCCCUUCCUGACGAUCUCCACGAAGUGCCCGUAAAUAUUGAUGAAAAAUCGUUAACUGAAAAUCUUAACAAGUUAUUGAAAAAAUCACAUGUCGAUUAUAAAAAACCUCUAGAUUUCAGUUUCAUUAUAGGAGGCGAAUUAUUGAAAACCACCCUAGGAGAAUAUUUAAAUAAGAAUUCGCUUUCAACCGAAUCUAGACUAGAUAUUGAAUAUAUCCAUAGAAAACCCCCCGAAUUCGAAGAUUCCAUUUUACAUGAAGACUGGAUAUCCGGUAUACAUGCAUGUGCUGGAAAAUGGAUUUUGACUGGUUGUUAUGACCAAGCAGUGUAUAUAUGGAAUUCAGAUGGAAAACCUAUAGUUUCACUAGAAAAUCAUUCCAAUAUUGUUAAAGAUGUUAAGUGGAUCAGCAAAGAUGAUCCUCAGAAAGGAUUUGUUAGUGUGUCAUAUGACUUUACAGCAAUUUUAUGGCACUGGGAAGAAGGUACAACAAAUGCCAAACCUACCUCAAUCCUUAAAGGUCACUCUGGAGGAAUAGACUGUGUGGCUGUCAGUCCAAAUACUCAGAAGUUGGUUACUGGUAGUAGGGAUACAGCUCUCAAAGUAUGGUCAGCAAGUUUGGAAGAUGAAGAAGAACCUGCAUCAAAAAAGAGCAGGAAUGAAGCCCUAGUAAAUGUAAGGAAUCAAAUCUAUACAUUGGAGGGCCAUAAAGAGGCAAUAUCUUCAGUACAGUGGAUGGAUGACUGUAAUAUCAUUACAAGUUCCAUGGAUCAUACUGUAAAAGUGUGGGAUGUUGAUGUAAAUAGUAUUAAAAAUGAGAUUGUAGGACAAAAGGCCAUCCUCUCCGCAAGUUGGUCCCCUUUAACAAAUAGUCUGCUCACCACUUCUGCUGAUCAAUAUAUCCGGUUAUUUGAUCUAAGAUCUAACGAAAGUGCCUCUUGUAAGUCCUCAUUUAUAUCCCAUACUAAUUGGGUGAGUUCAGUUGAUUGGAGCCCACAUAGUGAACAUUUGUUCAUUUCGGGAGGCUAUGAUAGUAAGGUCAAGAUAUGGGAUACAAGAAAUCCAAAGGCUUCUUUGUAUGAUCUCCAGGGUCAUGAUGGCCAAGUUUUGAAAGUUAACUGGUCCAACGAGAAUCAUCUCUUCUCAGGGGGUACAGAUAAUUAUGUAUAUAUAAACAAAUAUACUGUUUAAUUUGAAAAUGAUAUAAUUUUGUAAAUAAAAAAUAUUUAUUGAUA